CUACUCAGAAUUUUUCCAUUUCUCUGUGGCCCCAGGGACUAUCUCAUUCUCAUACUUGACCUCUGAGUUGUUGCUGGUGAAAAUCUCAGUGCUGUGUAUUUGUUUUUGGUUUUCUGGUCAGAGGAAGAGGAGGUGAGUGAAGCCAGUUUGCCUCUAUGCUGCCAUUUUGGAACUGGAAGUCCUCAGUCUCCAUUCUUUCUUGAUAAUUUCUAAGGACGAAAUUCUAGGUCGGAAUUUUGAAGGCAUUUCUCUUGCUUCUUGUCUUCUUGUUUCCAGUCCUGCUGUUGAGAAGUCCAAAGCUGUUGUGUUUCUUCAUUCUUUGUAUAUAACCAAAUGGUUUACUUUUUUCCCCAGAAGUUAGUUGAAAAAUUUUUUUAUCCAGUUGUUCUUAAGUUUCACAAUGGGUGACUUGUUAUGAAUCUAUCUUCAUCUGUUUUCCUCAGCACUUGGUGGGUCCUUUUAAUUUGAAAAAUCAAGCUCUCUUUUUCCUAAGUCGGCACUCGCCAAGGAGAAAGCCAUGUUCAGUUCAAGCGCCAAGAUCGUGAAGCCCAAUGGCGAGAAGCCAGACGAGUUCGAGUCCGGCAUCUCCCAGGCUCUUCUGGAGCUGGAGAUGAACUCGGACCUCAAGGCUCAGCUCAGGAAGCUGAAUAUUACAGCAGCCAAGGAAAUUGAAGUUGGUGGUGGCCGGAAAGCUAUCAUAAUCUUUGUUCCUGUUCCUCAACUAAAAUCUUUCCAGAAAAUCCAAGUCCGGCUAGUACGCGAAUUGGAGAAAAAGUUCAGUGGGAAGCAUGUUGUCUUUAUCGCCCAGAGGAGAAUUCUGCCUAAACCAACUCGAAAAAGCCGUACAAAAAAUAAACAAAAGCGUCCCAGGAGCCGUACACUGACAGCUGUGCACGAUGCAAUCCUUGAGGACCUGGUCUUCCCAAGUGAAAUUGUGGGCAAGAGAAUCCGCGUGAAACUGGAUGGCAGCCGGCUCAUAAAGGUUGAAACUUUUUCUGGUGUCUAUAAGAAGCUCACGGGCAAGGACGUUAAUUUUGAAUUCCCAGAGUUUCAAUUGUAAACAGAAUGACUAAAU